UUGCAUGGCUCUGGCUCUGGUAUUUAAAGGCUCUGCAGGUGUAGGGCAGUCCUCACACACUCGUACACGUCUCCUCCCUGAUCUGCAUCCUCUUCCAUUCUACCUCCCUCUAUAUACGCGCUUAUGUAGGAACUGGAUCUGAGCUGUAUAAUGCGUUUAGAUCUAUAUGAAGGCUGGAUUGUAAUUUGCAGAUCAUAUGGAUAAUUCUACAAGCAACUAAACCAUGUCUCUGCUUAUUUUUGUGCAUCUGUUUCUCGUAGGAGUUGGACUUGCAGAUUGCAGCACAGCCCCGUGGAAACAAUGUGAAGGGCAGGUUCCUCUCGACCUGCUGUCCUUCGUGCUGGAGAGGGACCCGUCCAGCCUGGUUCCUGGUGUGCACAUCGAACAGGCUCAGGGUGUGAGGGGGCUGAAGUUCUCGAGUCCGCAUCGUUCCAUGUCCUUCUCCUCAUCUGAGCUGCUUGUCGACUGCCACCUCUUCCCCCAAGAGUUCUCCAUCGUGGUCACACUGUCCAUCUCUCACAGUGAUCCACAGAGAAACGACUACAUCUUCUCUUUGAUGCACACCAACACUUCAGACAGAGCCAGAAUAAAGAAGCACAAGAACAGUCACUUGAACACUUCACAGACUAACACCAAAGACUCCCAAGAGAAGGAGGCCCCCUCACCCAUCCGCGGGCCCCUCCUGCUGGGCCUGAGGUACUCCCGAAGGCGCCUCCACUUCCUCUACAGAGACCCACUGGGACAGGUGAAGAAGCUGGUGUUUCGGACGGGGGGAAUAGCCGAUAGCCACUGGCACACUUUAGUACUGGCCGUCAAGAGCCGCUCUGUGAAGCUAAGUGUGGACUGCAACCCUCCACUGGAAAUCGUUCCUGCCGAGCCUUUCCCCUCAGAGCUCAACAUCCAUGGAUCCAGAUUCCACAUAGGAAGUCGGGGAAGAUGGAAAGGUCUUUUCUCAGGGUUGCUGAGACAGUUGGUGUUAGUUCCUGGUUCUGAUGGCGCCGCCCACCUGUGCCCCUCCGACGAACCCCAGCUGAUGGCGCUGUCCGUGCCCCCUAAACUGCUGGAUCUGCCGGACAUGGAGAGAAAGGCAGAUGAGCUGCGGCCGAUGCAUGUCUCUGGUAUCUCUGUGGGCCUGGACCGUCCCUGCUCAGAGCAGACACAAGGCCAGCUCUGGUUCAACCCUCUGAAGAAAGCACUGUACCUGUGUGAUGGCUCUCACUGGGUCACUAUGCUGCAGGAUCACCACAGACUCGAUUACAUCCUGGAACACCAAGUCCUGACCACUACCUCCGAGACAAACGACAUAGAGGUGUUCCAAGUGGCUGGUAUGGGUGUGAUGGCCGCUUUCGCUCACCGCUCCUCAGCCCCCGGGUCGGCUGUGUAUCUAUGGGCACGCGAAGGUUUCCAGAUCUACCAGAACAUUAGCACGCAUGGAGCUCUAGCCUGGAGACACUUCAGGAUAGGCAAGAAGUCCUACCUGGUGGUGUCUAACUUCGGAGGAGGGGCAGACAGAUCAGAGUUAGAACCUGAGGCAGACUUCUCAGUGAUUUACAAGUGGAGCAAGAAGAGGAGAAGGUUUGUGCAUUUACAGACGCUGCAGACGCACUGCGCCCGCGACUGGGAGGCCUUCACCAUCAGCCAGCACCACUACCUCGCUGUGGCCAAUCACAGAAUAGGAACCAACCACACCAUCGACAGCCUGAUCUACAAGUGGAACAGGUUAGCCAAGGCCUUUGAGGUUCACCAGCGUCUGCCCACAUCAGGAGCCUACGACUGGGAGUUCUUCAGUGUGGGGCCCUACCACUUUCUGGUGGUUGCCAAUGCCUUUGAUGGGGUCACAACGUCUGUGGAGUCUGUCAUCUAUGUUUGGGUCAAUGAAGCUUUCCAGGUGUUCCAGACUAUUAAGACAUACUGCGCUACGGAUUGGGAAAUGUUUCAAAUUGGAGGGAGAGUCUUCCUUGUCGUAGCCAAUGGGCACAGACUAGUUGGAAGUGUAAACGGGCGCUAUGCCAUUAACUCCACUAUCUACGAACUGGACAUACUCUCAGGCAUGUUUGUCCGCUUCCAAGAUAUUACCACCUACAGCGCGGUGGACUGGGAGUUCUUCAGCCUGGGGGAAGAAUACUUUUUGGUUGUGGCUAAUUCCUUCAGCGGUGAAUCCUACUCUCUCAACAGCGUUCUGUACAGGUGGCAGGGUUAUGAAGGCUUUGUUCCUGUCCACUUCCUCCCCACUAUUGGAUGUAGUGACUGGGAGUUUUUCACCUGGAAGGGCGAGUCCUAUCUGAUGUACUCCAGUGCCAAAGCACCUCUAUCAAAGGUUUUUAAGCUCAAGACUUAUUAAGAGAUGCCUUACUGAUCAUAAGUACACUGUUACCAUGUUUGAGACUUGAAGUGCAAUAUUUGAAAUUGAAUGGGUGUGUGUUUGUGGUUGCCUUUGUUCAUUUUUUUUUUUUUUUUUUUUUUUUUUUAAAGUCCGUCCAAAAGUAAAUGAUAGGGUUGCCCUAACUUGCCAUAGAUUUAUUCAAGCAUCAGUGCUGCACUGGACUGACAGGUGUUCGUUUUGUGCACUC